CGUUUCGAAUUAACGGGGGCCAGACUGGAUGCUCUGACACAAUCACUUGCUUACCGCGGUAUCCUGGAGCAGAAAGGCACCGAGACUAGGCGGCGAGCAACACAGAACCUGGCGACAGUGCGACUUCAUGUACCACUAAAAUCCCCGGUGUCGGACGGCACUAUUUGGGCGAGCACGAGGCAUAGGGACUUCAGUCGGACUUUCGUGACCUUCUUGUGGAAAAUUAUGCAUGACGGCCUUAAAUGUGGCCCGUACUGGAGUAAGAUACACGGGUACGAAGAUAGGGCGCAGUGCGCACACUGCGGCACCCUAGAGACUGUGCAGCACAUCCUCCUUGAAUGUGCAGCAAUGGGCCAGUCCCGGAUCUGGGCCAUGGUUAGAGCGGUGUGGAGGAAAAAAGCUCCGGACUUACCCUGGCAUGCACUCUCCAUGGCAGACAUACUCUCCCUAGGCCUAACGGCGUGGAAGGACAAGAAGGGCCGAACACGCCCAGGUGCUACGAGACUUUGGCGGAUCCUGAUCUCCGAAGCCGUACACUUAAUCUGGAAGCUAAGAUGCGAUAGAGUUAUUGGCCACGCCGAAGAGGACGGAUGGGAACACCGCGACGCGGAAGUGACAAACAAACUACAAUAUACACUGAACGCCAGAUUAGCGCUGGAUGUUGAAGCCGUACGAAGAAAGUAUGGUGACCUGGCGCUGAGACGAGACUUAGCCCUCGCCACGUGGAACAAAGUACUGCGGGAUGAACCUGCCCUCCCGGAUGACUGGACGAGAUACAAGGGUUUUUUAGUGGGUAGAGCACCGGCCCUCCGAGUAGAUCUCGAGCCGGAUUGA